UUUUUUUUUUUGAGACAGAAUCAUAGCGACUAAGCAUGUCUUGAAGUUAUAUAGUUGAGGCUGUCCUCGAACUCCUGAUCUUCCUGGCUCUACCUUCAGACUUUUGGGUUUAUUACCAUCACGUCCUGUUCCCUAAGUACGUUCCUAAGCCCUAUCCAUUUACAAUUGCAUGUUUUCUUGAUUACUGAUUUGAGACUUGAUUUGUUUCUUUUAAAGCCACCUCUGCAUUUAAUGACUUAUAGCAAUAACAAAAACAGUUUAAGUUUAGAAAGGUGUAGAGAGCGGCAGGAAUACAAAACAAGAGUGUAUUAAUAGAAUGGAUGCCUAGGAUUGGUCAGAAGAAGAGACAGGGAGGCCUCUCCUUUUGAGAAGUUGCACUUACUUUUUUCUUCCUAAGGAGAUAUAUUUCUACAUGCAAUUUCGUUCCUCUACUCACUGGGGCUUCCAUUUCCAGGAAUGUAGUUUCUCAAUGUCAGUCUUGAACCUACAUACCCCCCCCCCUUUUUUUUGUGCCUGAAAGGGGUUAAAAUUAUAAGAGUUCAUCCUUGAAUUUACUAAGAAUUUUGUCACUUGAAAUUCCCUCUCUCUCUCUCUCUCUCUCUCUCUCUCUCUCUCUCUCUCUCUCUCUCUCUCUCACACAUACACACACACACACACACACACACACACACACACACACACACAUCCUAAUAAUGGGCCAAUUUUUCACUUAAAUUCCAACUCCAAGGGAAAAAUUUCUAGGAAGAGUUCUUCUGUUAUACAAUAGAAGAUAAACUUUUGGGACUGGUAAGUUUUUAAUAUGCUAACUGAACUGGCUACUAAGCCUUUUGGUAAAUAUAUCUGCACCUUUGGUAAAUAUUCAUGCCUUGAAAUAUUGGAGCUUUCCUCUAAUUACUAGAAAAAAAAAAUCAUGCCACAUUUACUUGUAGGACAUAGAUGUAGCAUUGCUUUUAGUAGAAGCUGCCCAGGAAACUUGUUCCACACUAGAAGCAGAAAUUUGCACCAAAUGACCGAAGACUCAAAUACCUUAUAUCUCAAACCCUUAAAGCAGUAAACAGACUAUGCAGUGUGGCCUCGGGUUUGCGCUUGGGGACUGAAAUGUAUACCGUGGCCUUGUUUCGCCGGCCUACUUUCUGGAAUAAGCAGCUCUCUUGAGGCCCAUUGGGAACAGCUACUGUCUCCCUAGUCCAUUUCAUAGACAGCACUGGACCGGGAAGAAACUUUCGCCUUGAGGAAGCUGGCCAUAAGCAACUCAUGUGCUGUGCGUGUGGUAAGUGGUCAUUAGUUAUUUAUGGUGGUAAAAGUACACUGACAUGGUUGCUGAGGGUUGAGCAAGAUGAUGAGCGCUAUGUAUUAGUCAGAGGAACCGGUGAAAGGACGUACGUAGCACCGAGCAUGCGCAGACUGCAGCACUUCUUUUCCCUAGGUCACCGGAAGUGGAGCCUGCGGAGUCGGCGUCCGUGCGGGAAGUCGAGUCUCCCGAUUCGGUGUCCGGACGUGGUGACGCACGAGCGCGGGAGUACGUGAGGACGCUAGCGGGUCUUAGAGAGAGUGCUGCUCUCCGUGUGCCUCUCUGGGAUCCUAAUCUAGUACAGUUCCUUAGCCACGCUCCUCAUAUCCAGUCAUGCAGCGGAGAACAAGAGGGAUCGACACUGGCCUCCUUCUGCUCCUCUCUCAAGUGUUCCACAUCGGGAUCAACAACAUUCCACCUGUUACCCUCGCAACCUUGGCUGUCAACGUCUGGUUCUUCCUGAAUCCUUGGAAGCCCCUGUACCAUUCCUGCAUCAGUGUGGAAAAGUGUUACCAGCAGAACGACUGGCAGCGUUUACUGCUUUCUCCCGUGCACCACGGAGAUGACUGGCAUCUGUAUUUCAACAUGGUGUCCAUGCUCUGGAAAGGAGUGAAGCUGGAGAAAAGGCUGGGGAGUCGGUGGUUUGCCUACAUCAUUGCCACGUUCUCCCUGCUUACGGGGGUGGUGUAUUUGCUCUUGCAGUUUGCUUCUGCAGAACUCAUGAAUCAGCCUGACUUCAAAAGGAACUGUGCCGUCGGCUUCUCAGGCGUUUUGUUUGCCUUGAAAGUUCUUAGCAACCACUACUGCCCCGGAGGCUUUGUCAACAUUUUGGGCUUUCCUGUCCCCAACAGAUUUGCUUGUUGGGCAGAGCUGGCGGCCAUUCACUUCUGCACCCCAGGGACUUCCUUUGCUGGGCAUCUGGCCGGCAUUCUCGUUGGACUGAUGUACACUCAGGGGCCUCUGAAGAAAAUCAUGGAUGCAUGUGCAGGCAUUUUUAUCUCCAACGCUGGGUCUUCAGGACAGCAGUACCACUUUAAUAAUGCGGGCCCCUCCGGAUAUCAGAAUCGCUAUACAGAUGGCCGACCAGUGAACUAUGAAGCAACUUACAGGAACUAUGACAUCUACACAGCAGGCCUGAGCGAGGAGGAGCAGCUGGAACGAGCGUUAAGAGCCAGCAUCUGGGACCGAGGAAAUACCAGAAAUGGCCCAAUACCGUAUGGGUUCCGGCUCCCGCCAGAAGAAGAAAUGAGGAGACAGCGUCUUCACAGAUUUGAUGGCCAGUGAUGUGGUACCACGCAGGGGAAGGCGCGUUCCAGCUGUGUGAUUGGAGCCCAUUCACUUUACCCCUCAACCCCCUGAUUGGUUUUAAACAAAAGAAGAGCGCACCGUUACUGUUGCAGAUCACUCAUGGCUGCCGGGAAUGAAGCGGUCCCAGGCCCCUGUGUGCGCAAACGCACAGGCCCAGCUGACACGUCUGGAAACCAGGCUUGUCCCACGAAGCCCACAGCUUUCCCAGAAUGGCCUGUCUAGCCCCGUACCCUCUCCUAACCCGAAGAUCACCUCUUCAGUUGGGACCACUGUCCACUUUUCUCUCCUUCCCUCCAGACUCAGUGGCUCGUCCACACUGUGGUGGAGACUGGACCCUUGAUAGGAAGUGGGUUAUUUAUUUCACCGGGUGAGUGGAUCGGCCCUCUCUCUGCCGGCCAUGCCAGGCGCUCGGCUUAGCAGGAGGGGCAGUGCUGCUCCGCGGUCCUCCGGGCAUAUUUCCAGGAUGCUGUAGGAAGGAUGUGGCUACCUUCCCAAGAUGUUCCCCUCUCCUUCAUGCCCCUCGGGGUGCUCAGGCUGCUAAGUCUGCCUGAUGUUCACAGCUCCUGCCUUAUUCCACAGGUAGAAUGUCUGACUGGAGGGGAAUAAGAAAGAUCUAAGGUAGGGAAAACCUACUCGCUCUUUAGAUAUCAUGCAGCACCAGCAGAUCCGAGCCACCCCUCCGGGAGCAGUAGAUAAGACUUGUUUAACUGCUCCGCAGAGCGGCAGCAGGUGCCACACACACAGCAAAGUGGAGGUGUUGAGUGGGGCUCUCACAGGGAGCUCCCCUUGCCGCAAGUAUUUUUUUUUUCUUCAAAAAAGUGCCUUCUCACCGGCCACUAUGGCUGCGGUUUGUCAUAAACAAGUGUCUGAAAACUGCCCCAGGGAAGUGCGGUGUUUUAGACACAAAUUGUCCGAGUCACUUAAGGCAUUUCUGUUUCUUGUGUUCUAAGAAUAAAAAGGCAAAGACAGGGUCACCACGGCUUCGCAGUCGGGGAGCGUUUAGUUUAAAGGGAGUUAGGAGCAACCAAUGGCGCUCCAACUUGAACUCCUCUUUCAUGUGUAGCUUCCAGUGAGAGCAGGUGUAGGCAGGCUUUCCUACGCACAACACAGACACCUGGGAAAGGAUGCUAACUACUGGUGAUGCCGAUUAGCUUUUGGGGGCAGACACGUAAGACCGGACUUUUUGUUUACAGUUUUAUAUUCUAUUUUUUAGAAUGUGUGUGUGAGUGUCUGCUGCUUUCAGAAGAUUAAUCUAUACAAUAAAUCAAGAAACAUGUAGCCAAUAAAACAAACUUUAAGCGAAGUACUAUGUCCAUUAAGAAAAUUCAUAGGCUUGGGCAUGGGGGCACACAUUUUUAAUCCCAGCACUCAGGAUUCAGGGGGAGGAGGAUCUCUUGAGUUCAAAGACAGCCUGGUGUGCUACAUAUGGAGUUCUAAGCCAGCCAGAAUGCAUACACACACCCUAAACACCAAGACACUGUCCCGAAGAAAGAGGGAGGAAGAGAGGGAGGAAGAAGGGAGAAGAUGAAGGAAGGAAAGAAAUUCACAGUAUAUAAAGUACAAACAAGUGCUCAGCUUUAAAAGGUGCCCAACACUGACAUUUUGAUGCUAUUAAGGUCCAUUGUGUGCAUUUGACACAUCUGGUGCACGCCAGCUGUGCAGCUCCACGUCUGCUUGUUAAUAAGGAUCCACCUGGAAUGUCUUUAGCACGUGCCUAUGAGUGGGCUAAGUAAAUCCAUGGAGUCGAAGAGCAUUAGACAGGCUGUCCAGACGACGAUGCCUGAGCGAGCACCUUAGUGUAAUUUGUAAUGGGUGGGAAGCCACAGCCAUGAUGUUAUAAAUUAUGCCGGUGAGCCGGCUACCUCCAAACACAUUUAAAUUAUAAUGGUCAAGGUAAAUUAUUCCUGGCUCUCAAGCUACACUUUUGACUUCCACACCACAAUGAGAAAUAACCCUUCCCCUACUUGCCACCUUUGGACAGCACCUGGAAAUCCUGCCCUAACACUCUCAUGUCACUAUUCUUAUUUGAGCCUUCCUACACCAGAUCAUGUCUGUGUAUGAUGUGGUUCUGAAUGGCCCUAGAACCUAGACCUUCCCGGUCUCCCUCCCUCCACACUCUAAAGGCCCAGUAACUAUUAUUUUCCCACCAAAGUUACCGUUCAGUUGUAGUGGAAUCCCGCUAGCUUGUACAUACAGCUUGAGUGCAAUAACAGUACCUGGUUGCUUUGCUUCACUGGUUGGACAAAGACACUGAAAUCCCAAUCUUGGAUGGUGCAGUUAUAAUAUGCACUUUUUAUUUAUGGAGUAAAAUGUCACCAAAUGUUUGUUGCAGAUGUGGGAAAAGUCAUUUUAGGGAUAAGUGAAAACCACAUGUCUUCCAGAAUAAAGAUGGUCUGGAAAUGAUAA